AUGGCGCUCGUUACAGACGGUGAGAGGAAAUUGGAGGAGUACAAAACUCGCGAAACCAUCUACCUCUCAGCUCUUGUGAAUCAGGAGGCUGAGAUGAGCCAAUUGAGGGGCUUGGCCAGCGAGAUUCUCGGUGCCUUUGGCGACCAGUCGCUGGCCGCCCAGCGAGGUGCGCUUGCAGACGCGACCAGCAACAUGGAGGUGCUUAUGCUUCGGCAGCAGGCUCGCGCCAAAGAGCAUCGCCUCAGCCAGCUAAAGGAUGAUGUUGAGGCCAAUCGCUUCGAUCAAAGCAGCGCAGAGGGCAAGGCCUUGAUGCAGAAGUGCAAGGCCCUCCUGAACGAAAAUCGAGAGCUUGGCGAACUCAUGCGAGAGGAGCGCCUAGCCGACCUCCGUAUGGCCCUUCAGAAUGAGCAGAGGAAAAAUGGCGAACUCCAGAAACAGUGUGAGGACGCUGCCGCAUUUUGUAAAGAGCUGGCGCAGGAUGGUGAGAAGCACCAGGCCAGCCUGGCAAAAGCCGCCAGAGAUCUGCUGCAGGCCAGGAACGAGUUAGAGCUGCUCAGGAGGCAGCGGCAUGAAGCGCGCUUGCACCGCAAGCAGGCCAAGUUGCAGCGGCAGCAGGCUGAACGACUGGCUGCGGAGGUGCAAUCGGAUCUAGCAGGGGCGGAGAUUCCUGGCGCAGUCGUUACUCCGGUGGAAGUUGUCGACGAUGAUGAGGAGCCUGCAAGACAUGCUCAACAGGCACGAGACAAGGAUGGUGGCGAGAAAGAGAAGAAGUCCAAGAAGAGAAAGGCCUCUACCAAUGAAGCGUGA